UUAUAUAUACUCCUCCAUAAAAUAAAAAAGGAGAGAGAGAGAGAGAGAAAAAGAUAUGACAGUUUAUGCAGGAGUUAGGGAGAGAUAGUACAGAUCUGUUUGACCAAAAGCCUUCACAACACAAACACAAUACAAAUCAGCUUGAAGAGAAAGAAUAAUGGAUGGAGAAGGAGGAGCUCCGCCUGCUGACACCGUGAUGUCGGAUGCAGCACCGCCACCUCAGGCGGACCCACAGGUGGCGAUGGGGAUCGAGAAUAUUCCGGCAACCCUUAGCCACGGUGGUAGGUUUAUCCAAUAUAACAUAUUCGGUAAUAUAUUUGAAGUUACUGCGAAAUACAAACCACCCAUCAUGCCAAUCGGUAAAGGCGCUUACGGUAUUGUUUGCUCUGCUCACAAUUCGGAGACAAAUGAACAUGUCGCCAUCAAGAAGAUUGCAAAUGCAUUUGACAACAAAAUUGAUGCCAAGAGGACCCUUCGUGAAAUCAAGCUGCUUCGCCAUAUGGAUCAUGAAAACGUGGUCGCAAUCAGGGAUAUAGUGCCACCACCUCAGAGGGAGGUAUUUAAUGAUGUUUACAUUGCAUAUGAGCUAAUGGACACUGACCUACACCAAAUUAUUCGAUCAAAUCAAGCACUAUCCGAGGAGCACUGUCAGUAUUUUCUGUACCAAAUCCUUCGUGGGUUGAAGUACAUACAUUCUGCAAAUGUUCUGCAUAGGGACUUAAAACCGAGCAACCUUCUCCUGAACGCCAACUGUGACUUAAAGAUUUGUGAUUUUGGACUGGCUCGUGUUACCUCUGAAACAGAUUUUAUGACUGAAUAUGUUGUUACAAGAUGGUACCGUGCACCAGAGCUUCUGUUAAACUCUUCUGAUUACACAGCAGCUAUUGAUGUAUGGUCUGUUGGUUGUAUUUUCAUGGAACUGAUGGAUCGAAAGCCUUUGUUUCCUGGCAGAGAUCAUGUGCAUCAGUUACGUCUACUCAUGGAGUUGAUCGGUACCCCUUCGGAAGCUGAUUUGGGGUUUCUGAAUGAAAAUGCUAAGAGAUACAUCAGGCAACUACCUCUUUACCGCCGCCAAUCUUUCCAAGAAAAGUUUCCACAUGUCCAUCCCGAAGCUAUAGAUCUUGUUGAAAAAAUGUUAACUUUUGAUCCUAGACAAAGAAUUACUGUGGAAGAUGCACUGGCACACCCAUACUUAACAUCUCUGCAUGACAUCAGUGAUGAACCUGUGUGCAUGACUCCCUUCAGCUUCGACUUUGAACAGCAUGCAUUGACGGAGGAACAGAUGAAAGAAUUGAUAUACAGAGAGGCUUUAGCAUUUAACCCUGAGUAUCAGCAGUAGUAGUGUAUUAGUCAUCGUUAUUGGGUUUGAAACAAAUGUGUUAUGUCUGUUGUCCAUAGGUCAAGAGAUUUCUGUGUAUAUAUAAUCAUCAUAUCUAUCAUCUGAAACCAGAUGACCUUGGAAUUUUAUUGUUUUGUCAGAUACAUGAUUGGUAGACUCUCAAACACAAUCAUAAGAUACUUUGUAUUCUGUAUUGGCUUACUUGUUGCUUCAAAAUAUUCUACAAUUCAUUGGCUUCACCCAACUUCUGAUAAAAACUUAUUCUCAUA